GUCUAUGAUUACCUCAUCUAAAAUCGACAAUAGUGAAUCAUAUGUGUUGUCAUCAGUAAAUUAUAAGUCAUUUUCUCUAAAGAGACAAGUAUUACAUUUUCUAGACGUGGCUUGUUUAAAUAAAAGAAAUGGAGGAUGUUUUGGAUGAAAUAAUUCCUACUGACGAACUCAGAAAGUUCGAGCGCGUGUACCACGGCCAGCUGACGGCCGGGAACGUGACGGACAAGGCGCAGUUCGAGUACGCGUGGUGCCUGGUGCGCAGCAAGUUCCCCACCGACAUCAAGAAGGGCAUCAUCCUGUUCGAGGACUUGUUCCAGAAGGGCACCGGCGACUCGAAGCGCGACUGCCUGUACUACCUGGCGAUAGGCUGCGCCCGCUUGAAGGAAUAUUCCAAGGCGUUGCAGUACGUCCGUGCGUUCUUGCAAGUGGAACCGGACAACCAGCAAGUGCAGACGUUGGAGAAGCAGAUCAAGAAAAGAAUGGAGAAAGAGGGCCUCGUCGGAAUGGCGGUGGCUGGGGGCAUAGUCCUGGCUCUCGGCGGGUUGGUCGGACUGGGCAUCGCCAUGAGCAAGAAGUCAUAGCGGCCUCGAGGGAGCCCCUGCCCCCUCCCCCCUCCGUCGAUCGCAGACGGUCGCUCGUGUCUGCGGCGCCACAGACACCCGACCCGCCAGAAGCCAGCACCUGUACACAGCUCAGUGUCUGCAAUACACGCGUAGCUUUCUCGUAGCUCGUCAGUGAUUUCAUGUGUUUGGGUUUCCCGCGCGUUACGUCCGUUUGCUACAGGGACGUAACCGCUUAGUUACUUGCUAUCGCAAAUUGUUAACAAUUUUUUUUUGUUUUGCAGUGAAUAUAAAGCAGUUAACAGUUUGCCACCGGCACUUUUAAAUGUCUGUAGAUCUUAACUGUGUGUGUGUGUGUGUGUUUGUAAGAAGUGUGGGCUUGAGUGUAAGUGUUGGUAUGCACUAGUACGCAUUCAUUCCAAAGAUGAAUUCAUAUUUUAUAUGAAUGCUCGCAAUUGAGCUACUUUUGAAUAGUCUGUGUGUUUUGUAGUUUGCCUUGAUUGAAAGCGGAGAGUUCCUCAACAGGAAGUUUUGUAAUACCAAAACACUGUUAUUUAUGUUUUUUUUUUUUUUUUUUGCUACAUGUAAAUUGAGGUAGCUGUAUAUACACUAAAUUAAUAUAUUGAAUAUUAUAUUUUA